AUGACUAAGAUUUAUCAACAUAUCCUGGCUUUAGCAUUUGCAGUUGAGGAGAUCAAUACUAAUCCCCAGAUUUUACCCAAUGUUACACUGGGCUUCAGAAUCUAUAACAGCCAGUUCACUUCUAAAGGGAUAUACCAUGCCUCAAUGGAACUCCUUUCAUCUAAAGACAGAUUAAUCCCUAAUUACAACUGUGACAUCCAGAAAUAUCCAGUAGCAAUAAUUGGAGGACCUGACACUGAUGCAUGUCUUCAUGUGGCCAUCAUUCUGCACGUUUACAAGUUUCCUCAGUUGACGUAUGGCUCUGCUCCAAUGACACAUGAGGAAAAACAGGCUGGGUUUUAUCACCAAAUGUUUCCAAAUAUGGACUAUCAAUAUAAGGGGAUUCUUCUGCUACUACAGCAUUUUAUGUGGACAUGGAUUGGAGCCUUGUGUGUGAAUAAUGACAAUGGGGAGAAGUUUGUACAAAAUGUGAUUCCCAUGUUUUCCAAAAGUGGAAUCUGUUUUGACUUCAUUGAAAGAUUUCCAUUAAUUUCUUAUUCUACUGACAUUCUCACUAUGGUGAAAGAAGGGAUGAAAAUGUACAGUAUUGUGAUGAACAGCACUGUCAAUUCUGUGUUAAUUCAAGGUGAAAUUGAGAUAAUGAUAAUUUUGAGAAUAGUUCCCAGUAUGUCAAAAUUUGAAGGGAUAGUAUUACAAGAAAAUGCUAAAAUCUGGAUUAUGACAGCCCAGAUGGAUUUCACAUCUCUUCCCUUUCAGAGAUGGGAAGACUUAGAUUUUCUCCAUGGUGCUCUAUGCUUUGCAGUUCAUUCAAGGGAAAUUCUAGGGUUUCAGGAAUUUCUUCAGAUGAGAAAGCCAAACUUCAAUCAAGAAGAUGGCUUUAUUAGGGUUUUCUGGAAGGAGGCAUUUGGAUGUGUGUUCUCAGGCUCCAUGAUGGAUGAGAAACACAACUCUGUGAUGGACAAUCUACCAAUCUGCACUGGUGAGGAGAAGCUAGAGACCCUCCCAGCAUCUGUUUUUGAAAUGGACAUGACUAGCCACAGCUAUAGCAUCUACAAUGCAGUCUAUAUUUUGGCACAGGCAAUACAUGCUGUUCAUACAACCACCUUCAAAUAUAGAGCAAGAAUAGGCAGACAAGGACUUAUUGAAUUUCUCAAACUUCACCCAUGGAAGCUCAAUGAAAUUGUAAGAAGGAUCUCAUUCAAUAAUACUGCAGGAGAAACAAUAUAUUUCAACCAAAAUGGAGAACUAGAGAUUGGAUUUGAUGUCAUCAAUUGGGUGACAUUCCCAAACAAGUCCUUUUUGAAAGUCAAAAUUGGUGGAAUAGGAUCUGUGACUUCCCAAGAGGACAUAUUAGUGAUACAUGAAGAAGCCAUCAUUUGGCCAAGCAGGUUUAACCAGACUAUACAGCAACCUAAGCCUAAGUCUCCUCCACCCUCUCCCCCAUCUCAAGUACUUUCACUUAAAGAUAUACAGAAUGUUGUACAGAAUGUUGUACAGGAUGCUAUGGGGAAAACUGUACAAAAGAUUAAUGCUGAGACAGCGGAGCUUUUGGAGCAGAAAAAUCAUCAGAUGAGGGAAGAUAUUGUGCUGGUUCUUCGUGGGCUUACAGCCCACGUAGAACAUCUGGAUGAUAGGGUGGAUGAGGUCCAGCCGCUUUCUCUGUGUAAUAACUAUUGCUCUUUGGGUUAUGCUAAGACCAAAAUAGAAGGGAAACCAUUUUGUUGUUAUGACUGUCUUCACUGUCCUGAAGGGAAGAUUUCCAAUCUCAUAGAUAUGGAUGACUGUUUUACAUGUCCAGAAGAUCAGUAUCCAAACAAGGAUCAGAAUUCAUGUCUUCCAAAAAGGCUAACCUUCCUAACAUAUGAAGAAUCACUGGGGACCAUCUUAGCCAUUUGUUCUCUUUUGUCUUCUUUUAUCGUAUUGUUGGUUCUGGGUGUCUUCAUUAAGUACCAGGAUACUCCCAUUGUCAGGGCCAACAACCGAAACCUCACCUACAUCCUUCUCAUUUCCCUUCUGCUUUCAUUCCUGUGUGCUUUACUGUUCAUUGGCAAACCUCAUAAAGUAACAUGUCUCCUCCGACAAAGUAGUUUUGGUAUAAUAUUUAGUGUAGCUGUAUCAUGUAUGCUAGCAAAAACUACCAUUGUGAUUUUAGCUUUCAUGGCCACCAAACCAAACUCUAUAGUGAGGAAAUGGGUAGGGAAAAGAUUGGGCAUUUCCAUUGUAUUUUUCUGCUCCUUCAUUCAAAUAAUUCUUUGUACUGUUUGGCUGUUCACCUUUCCUCCAUUUCCUGAUUUCAACGUUCACCUAAUGGAAAAAGAAAUUAUUCUGGAAUGUAAUGAAGGCUCUUUUAUCAUGUUCUACUGUGUCCUGGGCUUUAUGGGCCUCCUUGCUCUUGUCAGCUUUACAUUAGCUUUCUUUGCCAGGAAAUUACCGGACACUUUUAACGAAGCCAAAUUUAUCGCCUUUAGCAUGUUGAUUUUUUGCAGUGUUUGGCUCUCCUUUGUUCCUAGUUAUCUGACCACCAGGGGCAAAUAUAUGGUAACUGUGGAGAUCUUCUCCAUUAUAACAUCCAGUGGUGGCCUCCUCAUAUGCAUCUUUUUCCCUAAAUGCUAUAUCAUGAUACUGAGGCCUGAACUGAAUAACAAGCAGCCACUAAAACAAAGAAAAAACUGA